AUGCAGAGACCUCGGUCUUUGCGGCUAACUUUGGAAGGACUUCCUGCUGAGGCCACCGUAGAUGGACCAGUAAUCCUUCGUAAAGAAAUUUACUACAGUUUGAAAGAAGGAAACAUUGUUGUGAAAACAAAUGACGGCAUUGAAUGUUUUAGUAAAGUGUUAUGGUUCAUUGUCUUUGAGAUCCAACGACAGAGAGAAGCAGCAAAGGACAAAACACUUAAGCUGCACAACAUAGAAUUCCACUUAGAGAGCACCAAAAUCGAACGACCAACGUACAUGUGGGUGAGACUUUUUGGUUUUCCCCUGGACUCAAGUAGCGACAUCCUGGAAAAAAACAUGCGAUUGUACAGCGAAUUAGUAUCCCUGAUGGAUGGACGCCUCAAUUAAAACGGGCGUCAAAAUCGCCCAAUUCAAGAGCCUGAAGGGUAACAUCCCGUCCUUUAUCUUUGUGGGCAAGUACAGAAUUCGAAGAGCAUACCAAGGACAACGCAGAACGUGCCGUAACUGUCAACAGGAGGGGCACGAGACCAAAGACUGCCAAGCUGGACGGGUGUGUAAAGAGUGCGGCAAACCUGGACACAUAAAAGGGACAUGCCCAGAGAAACAGUGUUUUAGAUGCCAGGAAAAAGGGCAUGAAGCAAAUGACUGCCCACAGUACUUCGUGGAAUUCCAAGGACUUUGGGCAUCAACGGGGGGCCCAGGGGCCCGGGCUGAGACACAUAGUAAUGGUGACACGGAAACCCAAUCAAAGAACCCCACAACAGAUCUAACCACGACAGCCACCACAUCCCUAGGUAACGAAGCAGAGGAGGACCCACAACUGGGUGCCGCAACCAAGGAACAAAGUACCCGAACGGGCAACCUGACCACAUCCUGUACCAACGCGGGUACACCGAACCAGGGCGAAACACGAAAUCAAAACCCGAUGGACAUCCCCACGGCCAAGCCAAAGCGAAUCCACUCCCCAAUCCCCAGGCAACACACCCCAAUCCACAACCGCGACUCCACAAUCCCCCAGACCAGCAACAAACCACCAUAUCCCAAACCCUCACCAUCGGAGCAACAUCGGAAUCGGGUAGCACCCUGA